AUGGUGCUCAUCCCUUCUUCUGUGUGCUGUGCUGCAACGCGCACAGAACCCUCCACUACAAUGCCCUGGAGGGCGCUAUUCCUGUGCUGUCAUCUAUCCACCCGCAUCCCCUCUUCUCCCCCACAAUUCUCACCCGAGGUGCUCAUCCUUUCACGUGUGUGUGCUGUGCUGCCACGCAUGCAGAACCCUGAGCUACAACGCCCUGCAGGGCCCCAUCCCGGCAUCCUUCAGCGCACUUGCUUCGCUCGUGCACCUGUGAGAAUCGGGCGAACACUUCGAAAGGAGGGAGGGAGGGAGGGAAGAUUAACGGUGUUGACCCUCACCGGUACUGUGCGGUGCAGUGCAGUGCACAUAUGUAUCGCAGCCAUCUCAUUCUUCUGCACUCCUUACCUCUGCCUGCACCCUGGAGCUCUAUCCCGCUCUCCCUCAUUCUCCCGUUUCACUUCCCGCCUGUCCCUUCCUACCCCCUCUCUCUCAAGCAGUCUUUGCCUCCCCCUCUCCAUCUCUCCCCCUCUCCAUCUCUCCCCCUCUCCAUCUCUCCCUCUCUCUGCCUUUCUCCUCUCUCCUCUCUCCAUCCUGUGUGCUCUGAGCGGCAGUGAUCUGCAGUCCAACGAGCUGGGAGAGGCCAUGCCGGAUGCCAUCGCACACAUGACUGCUCUCACAGGCCUUUACCUUGCACGCAACAUGCUCACAGACAGCAUUCCCGCGGAAAUGGGCAGCUUGGUGUUGCUCGAGUACCUCUGCCUGGAAGACAACAAGCUGGGAGGCGCCAUCCCUGACGCCCUCAGUACCCUCACCAACCUGCUCCACCUGUCCAUGGCCAACAAUGAGCUCGAGGGACCCAUCCCUGCCUUCCUCUCUUCCUUCACUGCACUCACCCACCUCGCGCUCAACAACAACCAGCUCUCAGGCUCCAUUCCCACUGACAUUGGCAACUGCGCUGAUCUAGAGACACUUGUGCUAUCCAACAACAAGCUCACAGGAGACAUACCCACUUCUAUAGGCUCCAUGUCGUACCUCAAUUCCCUUUACCUUUCUUACAACUCUCUGACAGGCAACCUUGAUGACCUUACCCCACUGUCCAAUCUAGUUGUACUGGAUGUGAGCAAGAACAAGUUCUCAGAGGACUUUCCGACUGUCCUCACCCGGAUAAAGCAAGUGGAGCACAUGAAGCUGAGCAACAAUAACUUCACAGGCAGCAUUCCCGCCUCCAUCACAUCUCUCGUUUCCCUCACCUACCUUGAUCUGGGCUACACGUUGCUGGCCGGCACAAUUCCCACCGCCAUCACCAAAAUGCGACACCUCUCUUACCUCGACCUGCGCAUACCAACACUCGCGGGCUCCAUCCCGGCCUCCAUGGGAGCUAUGCUCAAUCUGCAGUACCUCUAUGUCAAUUACGAGGCGACGCCAUGUGGUUACGGGAAGUGCGAGGUACAGCAAUACUCCGGCACAGCCUUCUGUCGUGCCUGCACUGACUUCUGCGACACGUGCUUUCGCAAGGCCCCCAACCCUACUCCGUGCCGGAAGAAGCGCCGUGCCUGCUCACGCAAGUCCUGCCCGGGCCGCAUCUGCAUUCCCUUCAUCCGCAGCUGCAAGGGCUACAAGUGCAUCUAA